AACCACAAGUUAACUACUUCAACUGACUGGCAGCCCUGGUUGACAGACACGUGACGUCAUGCCGCAGUGAGGCUCGUUGGCGCGUGCUGUGUCUGCAGUCUGAUCUGAGCCUGUCCGGACACCGUACUGCUACAGGAAGUUAGUGUCGGUGCGGGACGGAGCGGGAACUUCACAUCACGCACACGGUUCAUCUGGAACGAGUAGUGGAAGCUGAUCCGGAUCAACAUGGACCUGGACCCGCUGCAGCUGCUCCUGGACCAGUUCGGAACCGGCGGAGAAGCCGAGUCCUCCUGGUUGAAGGAAAUCUUCAGCUUCAUCACACGUCACAUCCUCCCUCUGCUCUCUGGCCCCGCCCCUCCUGCUUCUGACGACUUACUGACAGGUGGACGUGUGUGUCCUCAUCAGCUGAGUGUGUGUGUGGUGGAGAAGAUACAGGAGAACAUGUGUGUCACACACACCUUACCUGUCAGCUACAGGCCCGUCUCUGUCUCAGAGCUGAUCUCCCGUCAGCACCUGGCCUGUGUCAGUAACCUGUCCUGGAGCACCAAUCAGCAGCGAGCGUGGGCCAAGGAGGCGGAGCUUUCUCUGCCUGGUCACCGGGCUCUCCCACGGGUCAACCUGCUGCUCAUUGGCUGUCUGAGAGAGGGGCGGGGCGGAGAGUGGAGGCUGAUGGACACCAGCGGCAGUGUCAGGUGUGAGUGCCUGUCUCCCUCUCCUCUAUGGAUGAAUCAGCCUGUCUUCUUCCCUCACUGGAACUACAUCCCCCACAAUGCCCCAGGGCAGCACCAGGACAAGGAGCAAGGCUACGUGGAGCUGAUUGGUUCUCCUGUUCUGCUGUGUCCUGGUCCUGAGCAGGGAUUGGCUGCUGGUCUUGGAGGAGGGGCGGAGCUUAGCAGAGCAGUUGGAGUCAGAGAGGCUGCAGGUUUACUACACAACAGGACCGGUGCACAGCGUGUCUCUGUCUGUGGUCAGGUGGGUUCAGUCUGCCCUCUGCUGGCUGUGGCAGGAACAACAUUCUUCAUCUUCAGUCUGACAGACGGGAGUCACAGUGUUUCCGUCCUGGUCAAGGACAGCAGCAGGUUGUGGUGGGCUCAGUGUGUGUGUGUUGGUCAGAGUGUGUGUGUGUCGGCGCUGCGUGUGUGUGUCCUACGAGGCUGGAGAGGAAACAACAUCCUGUGUGUAACCGAUCAGUCUGAAAUACACACAAACUACACACACACUCUUGGAAACAACACACACACUGACUCACAGGUGAACACGCCCCCUCCCCUGAUGAUGUCACACGUAGAUGAUGAUGAAGACUGUGAGGAGGCGGAGCCUGAGAAGGUCCCUGUUCGAUCAGCUGUCAAGGUGAAACAGUCCAGAGUCAUCAGUUACCAGGGCAUGGUGACUGAGGUGGUGAAUGAGGGGGCGGGGCUGUAUGUGAUUGACGGGAAGGUGGGUCUGUGCCUGGCCUAUCAGCCGACGCUGAGGAGGAAGCUGAGAGCAGGAGACUCUGUACAGCUCCAUCACGUCCACUUCCUGUACCGGCCCUGUCCUGACUUUCCUCCCAGCAUGCUUUGCACCUGUCUGCGCUCCAGCCUCAGGGUCACUGCCUUCAGCAGGGUGGAGGGGUCACCACCUGACUCCAGGUGCCCCGGUGAUGGAGCGUUACCACGGUUACUGCUGGAGAAAAACAUGGGCGUGUCUGAGUAUCUGUGGACCUGUCACCUGAGCUCACAGCUCACACACAGUCUGGUCCCCAGUGUGUUGAAGCAGCAGUGUGUCUGUGAGUUGUCCUGGAGGCUGAUGGAGUGUGUUAGGACACGAGAAGGAAGAGGAAGGAGGGACAUCUACUCGGAGAUGUUGGACGAGCCUCACACCUGUCCUCUGACACAGUACAGUGCCGACCCUGCAGUCCAUCAGUCCAUCAGUGUCUCCGAGCUCCUUCAGUGUCUCCAGUCUGACUGCUGGUCUUCAGUGUCUCUGGACUCUCUGCUGCCACCUGGUGGAUCCAGUCUGAGCAGCUCUCAGAUCAACACAGCUCUGGCCUGGUCCUGCAGGACUCUGACCUCUGACCUCCAGGACGACCCCCAGCCUGGAGACAGCCUCAGGCGGCGCCCCCUGCUGGUGGUGGGAGUGUUGGAGCUGCCAUCACAGACGUCUGAACAAACUCUGCAGCUGAGAGACAGCACGGGAGCUGUGGCCUGUGUUGUCACGGAAACCACAGAGGAAGACGAGGGAGGUCAGAGGGCGGCCUUCAACACCGCCUGGAUCGGGUGUCUGGUGUGUGUCCAGCAGUUCACCAUGGUAACAGAGAGGUUCAUCCAAUCAGAUUUCCCCUCCCACCAACACCUGGACCAGGACAAGUACAUCACACACAAACACUGCAGAGUCUACCUGCAGUUUUCUCUCGACCGCCUCUACAUCCUGAGUCCAUCUGUUGCCAUGGUAACACACCUACAACAGAAGGGGGAGGGGUCAGGAGGUGACACUGCAGGGAGGAAGAGAAGAAGAGAUGAAGAAGAACCCGACUCCUCCCACUCUGACUCCUUCUCCGUUACCAUGACGACUGACCCUGUGGGCAGGGGCUCCCGACCUUGUGUCUCCUUGGUGAUUAGGGUGGAGCAUAAGGAGGGCGUGGCCUGGAGGAACACUGGGGCGGGGCUAAAUGAAGGGGAGACGGGGCUGAUGCUGUGCUUCUCUGUCAGAGCCGCUCUGAUUGGUCCAGUGGUCAGCUGGGGGCGGGACCCAAAGAACAGACCAAUGUCAAACAGAGAGACAGAGACAGUGAACGAGGACAAGGUGGUCCUGGUGUUCUCAGGUGUGUCAGCCCGCUGGUCUCCUCUCCUCCAACCAGGAUCUUUCUACAGGCUCAUCGCUGUUAACACACAGGAUCCCAGUGUUCUGAUUGGCUGUGAUGUUUCUGUGCGGAGUGGGGUGGAACUCCACACUGACUCCACCCUUCAGGUUAGCCCUCAUUGGAGAUUCCACACUCUGACACGCCCACUGCUGCUGCCCACCUACAGACAGGUUUUUUUGCCCACAGUCCUGUCUGUCUCUCAGGUGUUGGACUGCAGGUGUGAGCUGGUGUGUUUUCAGGCUCUGGUGUGUGACAGGGUUGGUCUGAGUGACUCUGGAGACACAUGCACAGGUUCACACACACACACACACACACACACACACACACACACACACAAACACACACACACACAGUCACUGCUGGAGGUGAUUCAUGAUGGAGGGUGUGUCUGUGUGUGCGCGUCUGUGUAUGCAGGUGUGCGUCUCACAGUCUGUGACCAAAGUGGGAGGAGUCUCCAGGUGUACCUGGACCUAAGCCACACCCUCUACCCUCCUGGCCUGUUGCCUGGCAACACACUGCUGCUGUCUGAUUUCCAGAGGAGGCUGUCGAGGACAGGAAGUGUGUACUGCAGUUAUCUACCUGUCAGCUCAAUAACUGUCAUCACAGUCGGAGAUACGAGCUCCUGUCGGCCUCCUCCUGCUCCCAUGAUGCACCUGGGUGUGUGGGCAGUGAGUUCAGAGCAGAGGUGCAUUGUGGGUCAGAUCUCAGGUCAUGUGGUUUGUUUCCUGUUCCUGCAGCUGCAGUGGAGCUGCUCGCUGUGUGGGAGCGUCUGUGUACAGUCUUGCUGCAGUCCUCAGUGUCAUUCGACAUCGUCAGUGUUUCAGUCCAAAGCAAAACUGGUGAUCGAUGAUGGGACAGGUGAGGCUCACGUCUGGGUCUCAGGUGCUCUGGUCCGUCCUCUGCUGGGAUUGGCUGAUUCUCAGUGGGAGGGACUUCAGAGAGCACUCAGGGUCAGAGGUCACAUCACCGUGUACCCCCGGGGGCGGAGCCUGGUGUGUGCCUCUGACGACCCUCUGGUCCACUUCCUGUGGUGUGUGUGCAGCAGUGAUGCUGUGUGUCGUCAGCUCUCUCUCACCUGCAGGAAACAAACCAAUCACAGAUCAGAAGAGAUGAAGAGGUUCAGUCGAGGAGACCGAGACUUCAUGACCAGGAUGACUCGUCCUCUGCAGCUCACCUGUCUGCACCUCCACACGGACUGAGCUCACCUGUUCAGACAGGAAGAGGCGGGCCGGCUCACCUGCAGUUAGUUUGAUCGUGUUCAGUGUAACAGGAAGUGACUUAGUUUCUUUGAAUUAAAUAAUUAUGAAAUAUUAAAGUUGUUGAUUUCACAUUUAAACUUAACGUUAUC